ACGAGCGAUGUCUUACCCGCGCUUCCUCAGCCGUCUGUGUAAACAGGAGCAGGAUGUGUAUGAAACAAAAGUGGCAGCGGCCGAGUUUUACAGGCUCAACAGAAUCCCAGAGCAGAUCGAGCGAGCUCUGAACGAGCUGUUCCUCCACAAGCCCGCAGACCUCCACGGUUACCUGGCAAAUUACUUCACAAACCUUUCUACACCACCAAGGAUAAACAGGCUGAAGGGGCGGGAAGUUUAUGGUACAAGAGGACAGCUGUCUAUUGAGGUGGAGGUCUUCUGCAUCGUCCGCAACAUGGAGAAGAGCAUGUGCUCAGCUGCUGUCUCCAGCCACUUUGGACAUGAAGAGGCAUCACAGGACUGGAAGCAGACGGCUGACCAUGUGAUGACUGCUGUCCAGUGGGUCAAUGAACCUCUCAACAAUAUGCUGCAGGGCCAGAAACCCUGUGACCAAUUAGAAGUUGAUCAGGCACUCAGCAACUUCUUCAUGGUGUGCUACCUGGAGGAGAAAGAGAUCCGCGACAGGGAAAAGGAGGAGAGUCCUUGUGAGCCUGAGGUGGUGCUUCCUCCUGAAACGCCUACGAAGACUAAAGGCAAAAAGAGUCUUGAUAAAGGUAAAAAGAACAACACUCCAGAGAAGCCACUCCCCCCAGCUGAGCCAACCGAACCAGUUCUGCCUGGAAGCAUGGCCAUAGGGUCGGUGUCUCUGGCUGUUGCCAGAACUGGGGCUCAGUUACAGGGCAUCCCUCUCUACAAAUACAUAGCCACUCUAAAGGCCCGAGAGACUCCUGCACAGUUUCAUAUCCCCAUCCCUCUGGUAACCUUGCUGAGCUGUGGGAAGGCUUCUCCUGGAAAACUGAGUUUACUGGAGGAAGUCAUCCUGAUCCCCAAAGCAGGACAACGAGUCAAACAGAUCAUCACAAUGACCCUCGAGUUACAGAAGGAGAUGAUAAGAAUAAUGAACACUUCAACAAAAGCCGGGGUCGUUCAGUCUAUUCCGCAUGACAGUGGAGCGCCGGCUGUGAGCUUUGAGAGACCUGAGCAGCCUCUGGACCUUAUCACUGAAGCCUGCGCUAACCUCGGACUGAAACUGGGAACAGAGAUCCAUUUAGCAGUGCACUGUGCCGCCUGCGAGCUAAUGGACUAUUCUAAAGGAAAGUAUGAAAUUUCAACCGGAGUUUUGAAGUCUCCAGAUGAAUUAGUGGACGUGUACCAGUCCCUCAACAGGAAAUAUCCAGCACUGGUAGCCUUCAUCAAUCCAUUUAGGACAGAGGACAAAGAGCAGUGGGAGAAGCUGAACAACCAGAUUGGAGGCACAUGUUCGCUGCUCCUGGACAUCACUAAUGAGUCAAAGGCCCCACCCCCUCCAGGAGUCAGCGGCCGCAUCUUAAAACACGUUCACGAGACGACAGUCAGUGAUUUGAUACGCAUCGCAUCAGAGCGCCAAGGUUCAGUGUUGAUGGGAACAACGUGUAAUGAGCCCUGCACCAACGACUCCUUAUCAGAUAUAGCUGUGGGUCUGGGGCUGGACUAUGUCAAACUGGGAGGUCUGAGCGGUGCUGAGAGGAUGACUAAAUACAACCGCCUGGUUUGUAUAGAGGAAGAACUGGACCAACAAGGAAUCCGGGUCUCCAAGGAGAGGCACUCCCCUCCCCUGUUUGCUGGAAAACUACAGAAGGAGUCCACUGCUGGGGGCAGAGCUCUGUCAGAGGAGGCCUGAGGCAACACAGCUCGCAAGAGAACACGACUGAUAAGCCCACCACAUUAUAUUUAACUUUCAACAGCCGAUUCUGCUGUGAGCACUGAGUCACAUGAUUAAGUGCAUCCGUUAUAGUGUUACUAUUCUCUUUAAAUAAAAAUAAAGCUAUUCAAAGACAGACUGAGAGGGCUUACGCUACCUUCAGCAAAGCGGCUUUUAAAACCCCUAACAUCUUUUCACCACUUCAGGUAGGAGCCAUGUUACCAGACACUGUAGACUGCAGCUCCUUCUACAAACAGGUCUGCUUUCAGGUCACAAUCCACCACCUCCAUAAAAACAUCCAAAUAUAGCAGCACUCAGCAGCCACAACACACGAGCCUUCACUAUUCACUACAAUGGAGACAGGAGAGAGCCACUGAUAGAGCUCAUUAUUUAAUUUCACCACUUUAAUUUUAAGCAUGUUUUCUUAAUGAAUGUAUGAAUCUUUUCAUUAAAUAAUUUUUUCUAAAAAUGUGUUUAUUUUGUAUUACUUCCAGGAAAAAACAAUAUUCCUAAAUACUACUAUUACUACAAUAUUUUUGUAUAUUUUUAACAUUUAAUUUAAGUAAGCGUGCCGUUGUCCUUUGAUUUCAAGCAAAGUGAAUCUUAACGUUUCGGAUUGUUUUAUUCAAAGUUUGAGAUGUUUAGGUAUUUUUCUGGUUUCCUCUUCUGUUAGUGGUGUUGCUGUCCCUCUGAGGGGUGGGGGUGGUCCCGGGUCCUGACCCAGCGUUGGGACUUAUGAUCUCGAUUAAAUGUGAAAUUGAAAACACUCCAAUGAUUCAGAUAAAUUUGAUAAUUUUUAAACUCUACAAGUCAGGGUCACCCAUCGGGCUCAUUCAUAAGUGACUUAAGAGAGUGACAGUCACACACAGCAAGACCCCUUCGCUGCUCAUUGGCUUGUGGAGGAAAGGAUCCUGUCAGUGUGUAGAAACACUAGAGGAGCUACGACUCUGCACAGACCAAAAGAAGCUUGUAUGUAGGAGCUACCUCGGUGCUAUGGGACAUAUGCGAAAUCAAUCAUAAAAAUAAAUUACGCUUCAAAUUCUAUUUCGUUGAAUUGUUUUCUCGAUUUGCCGGCAGCUUACACUCCGCACUGCUGUAAAAGUGUGUGAGUGAAGAUAACCUCUAAUCAAUGAAACGUGCAGACACAGGCUGAGGCCGGGCACACAGCGGCGUCUCAACGGAGGCUCCCUGGUAAGGCAAUUACUGUGUUUGGGAAAAUAAAUGAAAUGACUAACAAAAUAGGUCAAAUUAAGUGUUUCCCAGACACACAAAAAGGACCUCCCUAAUUGCUGGUCCCCGAAGGGACCAAAAUACAAAAACAACAAAACAUCAUAUUGUAUCGGCCCGAACGAUGACAGAAAAGACGCUGACAAUAGGUUGCAGUGGCGAAUGAGGAUGCUGGGGAAGAAAAGGACACAGCAUGGUUCGUAUAAUUAUAUGUUUUGCCUCGAUCGGCAGCGAGCGCAUCUUCUGUCAAUCACUGUCAACAAGUCUGGUAGCUGGAGCAGAUGGUAGGGGAAGGAAUUGAGCCGGUCAUUGACUUUGUUUCUUGCCAAGGGAAGAGGCAAACAUCCCCCCCCGAGGAUUCAAACAGACAUUGUAUGUUGCCAUACUAUUGAGUAAUGCCACGAUGGCCUCGACAAGAAGAACCUCAUUGGAUAUGGAGGAUAUGAGCAGAGACAAAUCAAUAGGAAGGCCUACUCUUCUUUCUACUCCUACUGAAGCACUGACACUUUAUCCUCCAAUCCUAUGGGAGGACGCAAAGCUGCAUAUGCUCUGUGCACAGGGAUUUGUUUAAUCCCUUCACACGCCAUUUCCUGUUCCUACUGUUGUGACUAAAUCUGCGUUUAAAUAAAGUUAGCGUCUUUGAACAGCACUGCUGAUGAAUCCUGUUAGAGCCACGAUGGCGUUUCCUGCAUGCUCUGUUAAAGUGGAACCGGGAGCUGGAAAUUGCACCUCAGUGCUAAAUGAAGCCUAAAGCUUUAAUUAAGAGCAGCACACAAAGAGGGACGGAUGCUGGCCGCCGCUCACAGCUCUCAUGUUUCAGCCCCGAGCUCGAGGAGGUGUCUGGGAAACCUCGACAGGUGCUGAGGUGAAACAAAACGAGAUGAGAGCGGACCAGCAUUGUGGGUCAAUCAGCAGCAUUCACUGUGACUUUGAAAGGGCAAAGGCGGAUCCUCGGCUUCAUACCUGACUCCCAGCCUCUAAUCACUGAGG